CAAACUCACAGUUUCCCCUGCAAGUCAAUGCCUACAAGGUUGCUUUGCUAGUAAGGUAACGCCCCUCUCAAUCCCGUCGUUCGUUCGUGAAAAAAGAAGGAUGGCCGAAAUGAUUGGGGGAGCUUUGGUCUCGGAGGUUCUGAGAAAGUUGAUUAAAGAGGCAAAGAAGUUCAAAAACUUCAAACCCUUGUCCGAGGAACUCGCAUCAACCAUGGAGAGAUUGGUCCCGUUAACCGAAACGAUCGAUUCUUUGCAAAACAAGCUGAACCUUGAUGUUGGGGAACUAAAGGGACUGAAGGAAACGAUAGAAAGAGCAGAGAUUGCGGUUGGUGAAUAUCGAGACAUCUCAGGCUUGAGGAGAUUUAAGCGCACAAGAGAAAUCGAGCAAGUGAAUAAGGAUAUGCAGAAGUAUUGUCAGAUCGAUGUACAGCUUCUUUUGUUAAGAAACCAGUUGCAGUCUACGGAGGCCAAUAAUAACAAUUUCCAAACCGUCUUUAAGAAGCUCGACCGAUUGAGUGCUCCCUCGCCCGUUUUUAGGCAGCUUUGUUCGGUUCCAGUGCUGGAAAAGGUUCCCAUUGGAUUUGAUUUUCCAUUGAUGGAGCUCAAGAAGAAGCUACUUGAUGCUGCCGUGGUUAGACUUGUGGUGUCUGCUCCAGCCGGGUGCGGGAAGACCACGCUCGUUACUCACCUUUGCCACGACCAUGAUAUCAAAAGGAAGUUCAAACAUAUCUUCUUUACUGUUGUGUCAAGUACUCCUAACUUAAGGCUCAUAGUACAGCAUUUACUCCAGCACAAGGGUUACGAAACAGUUACAUUUGACAACGAUACACAAGCAGGUAAUGUCUUAAGAAUACUACUAGAGGAACAUAAAGGAGAUGAAGAUAUAUUGUUGGUGUUGGAUGAUGUUUGGUCGUCUGGAGCUGAGUCCUUUCUUGAGAAUUUCCCUACUGACAUACCCAACCUCAAGAUCUUGGUGACUUCUCGGUUUGACUCGCUUGGUUUCGGUUAUAAUUAUAAAUUGAAACCUUUGGAAAAGGAAGAUGCCAAGGCCCUACUCAUUCAAUGUGCAUCGCCUCCUGAUCACGCAUCUGAUGCUGAGUAUGAACAUCUUCUCCAAAAGAUUUUGGAACGAUGCCACGGAUUCCCACUGUUGAUCAAAGUAAUAGGCGCUUCGCUUAAAAACAAAUCUGUAACUCAGUGGAAAGGCCAAAUCAUAAGCUGGUCUAGAGGAGGCACGGUUCUUGAUAAUCCUAGUCGUGUUGUGAUAGAUCGUCUGAAGCCUAGUUUCGAUGCUCUAGACUCCGAUCUCAAACAGUGUUUCUUGGACAUGGGUUUGUUUCCUGAGGACCAAAAAAUCAGUGCCUGGAUGAUAGCAGACAUAUGGGCUGAGUUAUAUGGUAACGGUAUAACGGAUAAAGAACAAUUUAUCUUAUCUAUGAAAUACCUUGAAGACCUUGCCUCCCAUAAUCUUCUUGAUCUUCUUCCUCUCUGGGAAAAGGAGCACGAAGAUGGUUUCUACAAUGAGUAUUUUGUCACUCAACAUGAUAUCCUCAGGGAGUUGGCUAUCCGUCAAAACGAAUCAGAAGGAAUCCUGGAGAGGAAAAGACUGACUCUGGAGAUAAGAAAUAAUAGAUUUCCAGACUGGUGUUUGAAUCCAAUACACCCUGUUGUUGUUAAUGCCUCUCUGCUGUCUAUCUUUACAGAUAAUGCAUUCUCAUCACCAUGGUUUGAGAUGGAUUGCCCCAAUGUUGAGGCUUUACUUCUUAACAUCUCCUCCUCAAACUAUGCACUACCAAGCUUCAUUUCUACAAUGAAGAAACUCAGGGUUGUGAUUAUCAGAAAUCACAGUCCUUAUCUUGCAAAAUUGACCAACUUGUCCUGUCUCAGCUCUUUACCGAAACUGAAACGGUUCAGACUUGAGAAAGUUUCAGUCACUUUUCUGGACAUUCUCCAGUUGCAACUAUGCAGUCUUAAGAAGCUCUCUUUGUUCAUGUGUCAUUUCGGUGAAGUUUGUCAUGACACAAAUGAAAUAGAUGUCUCUAAAGCUCUAUCGAGCUUACAAGAGAUGGAUCUAGACUUCUGCUUAGAUCUCCGUGAGUUACCUAACUGGAUCUCUGAAGCCGUUUCAUUGGAGAAACUAAGCAUCACAAACUGUUUUUGGCUCUCUAUACUUCCUGAAGCUAUAGGAAGCUUGAGUAAGUUGGAAGUGCUGAGGUUGUGUGGUUGUUGUAGUCUCUCUGAGCUACCUGAAACAACUGCGAGACUCAGCAACUUGCAGUUUCUGGAUAUUUCUUAUUGCUUAGGAUGGAGAAAGUUGUCUCCAAAGAUUGGGAGACUGAAGAAGCUGAAGAAGAUCUCCAUGCAGCGGUGUUCGAAAUGUGAACUUCCGGAUUCAGUGAGGAAUCUAAAGAAUCUGGAAGUGAAAUGCUAUAGAGGAACUGAGUUGGACUUGCGGGAAGGUUUGAAGCCAAAAAGGAAGAACUUGAAAGUUCAAAGGGAAAAACAUUGCUUUUCAUCUGAUAUGGAAUACUUGAUUGUAGUGUGGAACCUGGCAUGUUGUUUAUCUCAAUAG